AUCUACAAAAAUGCCCAUCAUUAUCAUCCAAAACAUCCGACGGCAACACGCAAGCACUGAUGCUAUUUAUUUUGCAAAAAAAUGCGGAGAGAAAAAGUGCGGCGAGAGUUGAAAUCGCUCGUUUCGAUUUGGUGCCAGAGCGACAAAAUGUUGUCAGUGACGUUUCAGCACAACAUAUCGUUACACUCAGAAAUGAAGUUGAUAAGUUUGCGAAGCGUAGUGUCGGAGAAGUCGCCGCAAAAAUUCGAUUUAUUUCCGAAACCACAAUAUGAUUCCAUCCCCUUGCGUUUUAUGAAAACGUCAAAUAAAACUGAUGCUUUCCUUUGACAGACUAAAAAGCAUCAACAAAACGAAACUGAACCACGAUGCCGAAGUACUACUGUGACUAUUGUGACACUUACCUCACGCACGAUUCACCUAGCGUCCGCAAAACGCACUGCACGGGUCGAAAACACAAGGACAAUGUGAAGUUUUACUACCAGAAGUGGAUGGAACAGCAAGCGCAGCACCUAAUCGACGCCACCACGGCCGCCUUCAAGGCCGGUAAGAUCCAGCAGAACCCGUUCACGGCCGGUCCUCCGAAACCGAACGUGACCAUUCCUCCGCCUGGGAUGGGAAUGGCCGCCCGGCCUGGCAUGAUGCCCGGCAUGCAGCAACCUCCGCUGAUGAUGGGAGCAAAUCCGGGUCCGCCGAUUAUGGGCAUGCGACCGCCGAUGAUGAUGCCGCUGGGGAUGCCACCGGGACUGCAGAUGCAUGCGAUGCGCCCUCCCAUGAUGAAUGGGCCGCCACCGCAGAUGAAAUAGUAACUGAAUGGACUUUUAACUUUAAACUAAAAAAAUACCUUUUGUAAGCUAAAAUAUACAUCGCUUUAAAAACAA